CAGAUUAGGAAUCUAACCAAUCGGCACUCACCUUUUUUUUUUGUGUUUGCUGUUAGGUUUGCUGUUCAGGAACAAUGGCUGUUGAAGUUGACGUGGCAAACCAGGAACUGAGCCAGACACAUAAUGAUGUGAAGCUGUUCAACCGGUGGAGCUUCGAUGAUAUCCAUGUGAACGACAUGUCUCUAGUUGAUUACAUCGGGGUUGCUCCUUCCAAGCAUGCUACCUAUGUCCCCCACACUGCUGGGAGGUACUCUGUCAAGCGUUUUCGAAAAGCUAAGUGCCCAAUUGUGGAGAGGCUCACAAAUUCACUUAUGAUGCACGGUAGAAACAAUGGGAAGAAACUCAUGGCUGUAAGGAUUAUUAAGCAUGCAAUGGACAUAAUUCAUCUCCUAACUGAUCUCAACCCAAUUCAAGUUAUUGUUGAUGCCAUUGUUAACAGUGGACCACGUGAAGACGCUACUCGAAUCGGUUCAGCCGGAGUUGUUAGGCGUCAAGCUGUGGAUAUAUCCCCUCUGCGACGUGUUAACCAAGCAAUAUAUCUUCUUACAACUGGUGCUCGUGAAGCUGCCUUUAGAAAUAUCAAGACAAUUGCAGAAUGCUUGGCUGAUGAACUUAUUAAUGCAGCAAAGGGUUCAUCCAACAGUUAUGCUAUCAAGAAAAAGGAUGAGGUUGAGGGAGUUGCGAAGGCAAAUCGUUGAGCUUUUUUUCGGGGUUCGUUUCAUGCGUACAGCAACAGUUUUCUUGUCGCGCCAUUUCAUAUCCUUGUUUUUGACUGAAAAU